GAGACGAUGCAUUUAGCCUUAGUGAGCAUUUAAUGAAGGGGUAUCCAGUAGAACAAAAAAAAGGUUCUAAGAAACGUAUCUUUAACUAUAGACUUUGUAGAGCCAGGCGUAUUGUUGAAAAUGUUUUCGGCAUCAUGUCAGCUGUUUUUAGAGUUUUGAGAAAAGUGAUGCUAGUAUCACCUGAAAAAGCAACUUUGGUAGUUUUAGCAUGUAUCUAUUUACAUAACUUCCUAAGGAAAAGUAAACAUUCUCGCAACACUUAUACUCCAUCAGGAACAUUUGAUGAUGAGAAAGAAGGAAAAAUCAUUCCUGGACAAUGGAGACAGGGAAGCGAAAAUAAAAAUGCAGAGUCCUUUCUUCCAAUACCUAAGAUAGGUCGAAAAAGUUCGGCAAAUUGUGAAGCAAUUAGAAAUGAAUUUGCUACAUAUUUUAUGGGCGAAGGUAGCGGUCACUCCAUAUCAGAGCCUGAAUUUAUUGUUUUAGCAUUAAAGAUCUUCAUACCUGCAACAUUGGAAGAAGAAAAUUUUUGGCUUUCCGAUAAGAUCCGAACACUUAUCGCUUGCAAAUUCAUCCAAAAUUUCAUCUAUAGGUAA